GUUCCACAUCCUCAUGCCCGCAUGACAAUAACCACCAGUGGGGCCGGCUCCAUAUACUCCACCUCCAAGCCACCUUCUGAAAUGACCUUCGUACAAUCCAAUCCGAUGGCUGUUCAGCAACCAAUGUCGAUCUCAGCUCAGUCUGCUCACAUACCGGUUCGUACGGAGACGACUGACACACUACUGCGUUUAUUGAUUUGCCAUUACACUGCUAGUGAUCAAUCAUCAUGCACUGGCUCUGAAUCAUGUACUGACCGAACCGCUCUGGAUCGUCUUCUACGCGCGGUUUGCGCUGCCGAUACCAACCGCCCUGUUGAUCCGGGCUAUGUGGACCCCCAAGUUUCUACUCUCGCCCAGCGCAUUCUUCCUCAUUUGGUUCGGAUUAUUUACACAGACGUUGCCACCUCGGAUGUCGAUGAACCGUGGUCAAACAAUCAAAUGGGACGUGCGGCUCCGCGUGACGAGUCUGAACAUCCGAGUCUCAACGGAGCUGGCGGACACAUGGGUUCUCCUUUAUGUGCUGACUCUAAAUUGGACCUUGUCACAAGUGUGGGAUCUCACCAUUCAUAUGCGGACGAUCAUGAGCUCGAUGAAGAUGUAGACUCCAUUUUAGACGCUUUGGACGACAGAUACGAUCAGUCCGAUUUGGUUGACGGUUCCGAACUGGAUGCACUGCCUCCGGGUACCUCAAUAAUGGAACUGAAAAACGCAGCCAUCCAGGCGAUCCACCGUUUGGUACCUGUAUGUCAGGCCGAUGCUAAUCUACGCGAACGUGAUCUUGGUAUCGUCCGUCUUUUGGCUAUCAUUCACACGUACACCAUCACCCAACAAAAUCGACUCGAACGAUCAAAUGUUGCAUGUAGUUCCUCCUGCCGUGGCUCUCUCUUCAUUCAUCCGCCAGAUCGACUACCAAUUCCGGCGUGCCCGGUCGCUGAAGUUGCUGCUCUGGUUCGCCUGUCUUUUUAUCCGGAACAUCGUACGGCCAUAUGUGCACUAGGCGGUGUACACGUGCUUAUCGCUCUGCUCCGUGUGGAACAGGCUGUGUGCACUGAUGCUGGUCUCUUCCCAGCAGCCAUGAACUGCCCCGAUAAAUCCGACUCUACAUUCGAUUGUCCCAAAAGUGUGGAUCAGUCAGCCGAACACUUGUUGGAAACAAGCAUCUCUUUACGGCGAUACAUUUGCAUGGCCUUGACCAAUCUGACCUUCGGUGUGGCUGCUAACAAGGCACUGCUGUGCCGGCGAAUUGCCAAUCUAGAGGCGCUGUUGGCCCAACUGCGCUCUGGCAAUGAGGAAUUGAAACAGGUUUCUGCGAGCGUGUUGCGAAAUCUUUGUUGGCGUACCGACUCUCGCAGCAAAGCGUCGCUACGACGAGUCGACGCUCCACGGCGACUCACCAUUGCUGCCAUGACUGCACGCAGAGACAGCACAUUGCGUACCACUCUAAGCGCCCUGUGGAAUCUCAGCGCCCAUUGUUCACACAACAAGCGCGCCGUAUGCAGCUCACAGUUGCACCAGAACAAUUGUUACCCCGUCCUCGUCGAUUUGUUACGCAACCCACCCAGUUUGACUGUAAUUGUCAACGCGUGUGGUACCUUAUGGAACAUGACCACCUCGCCUCACUGUCCCACGUCAGAUUUGGUUCUUCUUUGCCGUCUCGGAGUUGUGGAUCUGCUCCACCAGCUAGUUCGCUCUCCGCACGAGUUGGUCCGCAAUAGCUCAGCUGCUGUGCUGCGUAACUUAGUGCACGCUCCUGCGCCAUCCUCCGUCCCGUUGAUUUUACGAGAUCAGUCUUCUAGUGAUCCGGUGUGUACACAGUGUCUUGGUUCAUCCGAUACUACGCUGAAUGUAGCUCAUUCCUGGUCAGAUCCACCCUCUCAAGCACCAGUGCCUUACACCGAAGCGGAAGUGGAAGACUGCUCACAACCUGUUACAGAGUCGGAUCAGCCCUAUCGCAGAAGAAUGAAUUCUCGCUCUCGUUUGCGCUUCGGUCUAUUGUCUGUUGUUCUCGAGGCCGAUGAUGCGGACGAAGAAGCUGCUGAAGAAAGUUACGAAGAUGAAACCGAUGAUAAUGAUGAGGCUGAUGGCCAUGUGACUGUCGGAAACGAAGGAUCCAUUUAUCCUGAUCAGGAGGCAUUGGUUGCAGAUGUAUCCUCAGUGCUGUUACUCGGGGACGAGAUUGCACCACAGUCUCAAUCUGUCAGUCAUCGUUCUUGGAAUGCUCUGGACGCUGAGAAUGAGCAAGCUUGUAUUUAUGCCGAUGAAGGUACUCCGUUUCUUUCCGAUUCUACUACAACAUCUUGUUUGCAAUUACCAGCACUUCAUUCUACGUCAUGUCACUCAUCGAGUUAUCCAGCGCCUGAAGAGUUCGCUGGAAUGAACUUUCACUCUGUCGGUCUAACACCUUGUGUAUCUGCUGAAGCCUUGCCUCAAGUGUACGCCGUUGAGGACACUCCAUCCCAAUUGAUGAGCAGCGAUAGCCCCAGCUUGGCAAGCAAUAGCCCUUUACAACCGCGCUUAAACGGGGACUUCUUUCUACUGGGAACUGUGAGAUCUAGCACUAUGAACGACGAGGGACCACAGCUACCUUCUCCACCGCUCGAUUUUUCUGCUCUGGUAUCACCGUUAAAUUCCCUCCAUCUAGAUGAGCUGGAUGUCGCCUCAAGUGUAGGUUUUCCCUUGCCUCCUCCUCCUGUCAUCUCCUCGCAGUCUAUUACCCCAUGCGCCGGUGGUCAUUCGGAAGAGGCUACACCUAGCAUGUUACCAACUCCAUUCGUGUUCUCCAGAGGAACAUCUUCGUACAUAUCUUCAGCCGAUUUAGAUUUCUCUUCUUCAGCCAUUCCGUCGUCCCCACAGAGUGAAUGCUCCCGGCAAAUACCGCUCGUUAGGGACUCUGGUUCCCCCGAUUAUUCCGCGGCUCUUCUGGCACGCAGUGUGGACAGCGGUUCGCAGGUUUGUGCUGGCCAUCCUUUGGAAGAGGCCGAUGGGGUGAAGAUGGAAGAAGAACUAGCUCCUCUGGCCUUUAGCAAUGGUGACGGAGUUGAGGAGGGCAAUGAGGGUGAAGAAGUACGCUUGCCAUUUGCCGAAGAAGGAACCCCACAAGAUGGCUUGUCUUUUACGGAUGAGCAGCACGAUCGUUUCUCAAACCUCCCUCGCCAAAACCCGAUGCUUUCCGGUCGCACCACACGUGGUUAUCCUUCAAGAUACUCUCCUUGGGAAAAAUCAGCGUUUGCAAUCGGGACUGCGUCCAUAGUUGAGGAUGGCAUUGAUGAUGAAGAUGAUGAAACGCGCCAUUCGCACCUUAUUCAAGAGUGCAUCGCUUCAGCAAUGCCCGGGAAUUCGUCGUACUGUUCUACCUCGUUACCGUUCACGGUUGAUCCCAGUGACGUUGUUCUGUUCACUCCCGAUGAUGAUUCCCUGCAAACAUUUGCUGUGGAAGACACACCGUUUGGCGGCGCAUCAACCAAAAUGAGUUCCUCAAGCGAUUUGUUUCUAGAGGUACACAAGGCUGAUGAUAAUGAGGCUGACCCCAUUACCUUGGAAGUGGGGCCCGAUAGUACCGAUGGUUGUGCCCCCUUCGCUCGUUCUCAGCAUGUCAACUGCACUGGGAAUGCAGGGCGCACAAGUUCCUCCAACUCUAGUUCAAUUAAUGGUGACACAUCAUCCGAUUUGUUGUCCGAGGUAAUUCAAUCUGCGAUGCCGAAGUCCUCUUGUCCCAGCAUGAACGUGCUUUGUCCUGCAUCCGUGGAUGGUGAUUGUUUGCAGUUCUACGCAGUAGAAGGUACUCCAGGCGAAGACGAUCUUUCCGACUCUUCUUCUAUGCACAACGUGGACAGCAGCGGUUUAAAUUCAUUGGCCUCCCACUCAUCAUCUCGGUGUUCCUCGACUACUCUCCCCACCAUUCCUCUUCCCGUAGGAUUUUUGGAAACCACUGGACCAUUUCCUCCGGCACCCCCUCGACGUACCUCAUCGGUUCUAUCCAGUCAGAAGGACCUAUUCACUCAUUCGAGUCUGAAUGUAAACCGACCACUGGCCACUGUUGCUCCGAUGCCCCAAGCUGUUCGCUGUUCACCAGCAGUGGUGGAACCGUCCUGUUCACUGAAUGCUUCUGAUACCAAACAAGUCUCAGUUCGUGAUACUGGACUCAUCAAUGGGGCGGAUAAGGAAGAUGCCAGUUCGUUCUCCUCAUUGUUGAGUAUCGAGUCUGUCGGGUUGGAACACAGUCUUUUACAGGAGUGUAUUUCGUCCGCUUUACCUCGUCCAGAAGUAAUGGAUACGCUGCGUAAACGGUCCUGUCACCACCAACAGCAUCAGCUGUGGCAUCAACUUCACCCGGAGUUGUGUUGUGCUGAAAGGGCUGCACCAUUGCAUGAGGAACUUCAAUCCCCGGAACUUGUCAAGCCCCUGACUAAGUCAAACGACGAGCCCAACAUGCCGUCGGGGGAAAAACGAUCGAUCUCUGCCCCGAAAUCCUUUUCUACCGCUGCGUUUUCUCAACAGCCUGCUACGUCAUUCCUUGAGUCGAAGCUUACUUCCGUGGAAGAUUGCAUUCUCUCCAACCUGCGUGCAUCUUCCGCUCCUGUAACAUUACCACCUCGAUCGCAGCAUAAGACCCCGUACAGCUCUAUUCAACAGAUCCAUUGUGCAACGGAUUUUUCAGACUCUGCUUUCAAGGGUGCAUUACUUCCGUUCACUCGCUACGACUCAGGAAUGACAAAUGGUGUCCUCAUCAGCACUGCCAAGGGAUCAACACGGCUGCGUCUGCCGAGUGUGACGCUGUCAAAUGCCACAUUACAAAACAACAGUCGUAUUCCAUCUGAAGUCGCAGUCUCAACGCGUAAAACCAAGCUAAAUAAGUUGGUUUCUCCCCCGGAACCUGAAAUCAGUAGAUGCGGACUUUCAAUGGUGGACACAACCAAUGAUAGUCCAUCAGUCACAACCCACGCUACAAUGUCUGCUGUCAGUUUGAGCACCGCGGCCAUUAGCAAUCAUUCCCAUCCCCCUGGUGAUCAGACUGCAACGCAGUCUCUUCUUGCUGAAGGUGUAGAGGCCGUCCUGCUCGCUUUACAGAACUCCAUCGAUAAGGAUACAACAACAUCCGAUCCUUGUCAACAAUUUUCUCGCACAAUUGAGUUUGAUAUGUUGGCACCCGGUUGUCGACACUCGCAAGACACAUCCUCCUCUAAUGGUGCGACACAUUAUGCCUCCCUGACUACGGUGACCUCUGGAUGUCCUAAGCAGCCAUCCAAAUUGAUCCGACCUUCUUCUAUUCCACAAUUUAAUUCACACUGUAGAGACCAAACAAGCUCUUCUCGGACACAAACUCUUCCUUCCUCACAGGUGACCCUGCAGCCUACUAUCCCAUCCACCACAGUCAGGCAGAAAUCUCACAUUAUUUCAAAAGUUGCGACGCCUGCACGCAAAUCGCUCAAAUUACCAUCCGGUAUGGCCAAUGGGUACCGUCCCUCUAUGACCUGUCCACCAUCUGCUGCUGGCCGUUCUCCUUUCUCCAGCCGACCUGCUUCGGCCACCGGAUCCCAGAGUGACCUACUGCACUCUGCUAAUCACUCGGUGCAGCCACGUUCCCCUUUCGUUUCCCCUCAAUCAGUUUGCGCCGCGUUGGUAAAACAAGAACGGGUCAAUGCGACCACGAAGAAAUUCACCUCAGGCGGAAUCAAGACAAAUACAUCUAGAUCGGCCUUGUUACCGACCUCCGGUGCGUCCAGUACAACGGUUUUUGCGCCACAUUCUCGAACCAUCACAGUCAGGCCUUCGUUUUCUUCAGUUGGUCUUCUUGAAGGAUCACGUUCGACACGGUCGACGUCGGAUUUCGGUUUCGUGCCAACCACUAGCAUCAGCGCUUCCUCCAUUGAUAUCCCAAAGCCUAUUCGAGGUGGUCGAAAGUCGUUGAUAGGCCGGAAGCUCGCCAACUCUUCCGAUGAUUGUUCUUACAUUACGAAACCGAUGAUUAAACCGAGUCCUGCUUUGCGGCCUGGCCCACAAACCGCUCCACACACCACAACUAUGUCCAAGUCACAUGGGCGAAGUGCAUCCGCAGGAUCACGGCCAACGAGGCCCGUGAAUGCCGCGCUUAGUCCGGUUACCACUCGCCUUCAAGUUCCAUCAGAUGCAAUCAACUACCUUCCUCCCACGAAAUCACAAGCCCGCCGUGCUAACACCGAUGUCCCUCACAGCGUCUCUUCGAACUUUAACGGAGAUACAAGCGGUUCGUCGGGGUUGUGGAUCGUGCGUGGUGAGCUCGAUCUAGUUGACCGAGCAAGUUAACGUUCUUCUAUGUGCUUUCUGUCCCAUCUUGUUUAUCUGCAUUCGAGCUGGCCGUGUUCACACUUUUCCCACCACUCUGUGUUACCUUCUAAAUUUUCUAAUCGACUGCAUGUCGCUUUUUUCGUCGUGCAUCGCACAUCAUUACAAUGAACUCAGCAUUGUUUGUACUCGACUAUCUUUUGUUUUUACGGUUCCAUGAUCUGUACUUCUGUUUUUUAUACAAGCAACUUUCUAUGUUUUUUCAUCUCUUCGGACCAUUUAUUAGGCUUUUUCCAUCUUGUGACGGUUACUAGUCGCUUCUACGACCCUCUCACUCAGUUUCCUGUACAUGUCGCUUGUUUUCAGCGUUACCCCACUCGUUAUAUACGGGCGACACGCUAUCAAAUUGCCAUAACUGUUUUUCGCUCUCAACCUCCUCCCACGCUUCUCGUUCGUCUUUUUAAUUUCUUCCCCCCCCCCCCCCCAAAGUAAUUUCAAUCGCUGUAGUUUUUGUAUCACAGUGCUUGACUUGCCUAGCUACUUCGAUUCAAGUAACAAGCCAAGAUUGGCGCCCUGUUGUUUGUGAAACGACCGCCUGCUCUAUCGACUCCUCUUCAAACCGGCAAGCACCCGGUCAGGGGCACUGAGUCGGUUUCUGGCUCGAACAUUUUUCUUCCCUCUGUUUUCCGUCUCAUCUAUUCGGCCUCAUCGCUCCAACCACCCUGGCUACUUGUUGCCGUUUUAUCAUCUACCGUUAAAUGAAUAAGCAUACAAGAACCGUUCCCUGUAAAUACACUAUCUCAUACCAUCA